AUGCACAAAAAUGGGUUCCUGCUGUUUUAUUUUAGCUUCGUAAUAGGAGUAGAAAUUGAGUUUCUUCCUUAUACUAAUCCUCCGCCUAGUUCCAGAGCUUUUCCUCUUAUGGAAAGCUACCCAAGUUAUGAUAUCAUUCUUAUUUACUCUGGGAACUCAAACCCAACUACUAUAUACAGUGACAUCUGGCUGUUUAACACCACUCUAUUACAAUGGGAAAGGCUUUUUCCCUCAAACGAAGACAUCCCAGGUAAAACUUAUUCAGUCGCAAGGUACAAUGGAGGCUCUUUUAUAUCAGAAAGCAAUCGUCUUUUUUAUAUAUUUGGAGGAAUAUCUCUUGCAGGUCCUAUAAAUGACUUAUGGAGUUUUCAAGCAGAUGGAUUUUUAUGAACAAAAAUAGAAACAUAUGGGGAUAUUCCGUUGCCGAGGAUGAGAUUUGGGUAUACUUCUUAUAAUGAUGAUUAUGGAAAUUUACAAUUUGCUAUAUUUGGAGGAAUAACAGGAUAUGGGACAGAUAGUAAUCUUUUUAUGUAAAAUUUUAUUUAGACUUAACACAACUACCUGGACAUGAACAGAAGUAAAAGCUAGUGGUGAUCUUCCGCCUGCCAUUGAAGGCCCAUCUCUUGCUUACUAUAGUAAUUGCCCGAGGAUGGUGCUAUUUUGCGCCAUUCUCGGGCAAUUCAAAAAUGGCCCCACACCGGGAAUUGAACCCACGUGUGGGGCCAUUUUUGGUAUGAUGAGGAGAACAUCGACUUCCACGUACCAAAAAUGGCCCCACACGUGGGUUCAAUUCCCGGUGUGGGGCCAUUUUUUAAAUUGCCCGAGGAUGGCGCUAUUUUGCGCCAUCCUCGGGCAAUUACAAUACAAAAAAAGGCUUUAUUUAGCAGGCGGAUAUGCCACUUAUUUAAAAAACCCAAACAUUCAAACAUUUUUCUAUUAUGAUUUAUCCUCAAAUGAAUGAGUCAAUAUUACGUCGUCACAGUCAUAUGUUCCACGUUUGCAUCAAGGAAAUUUCAUAUAUAAUGACGAGUUUUAUCUAAUGGCAGGAUAUUCAUUAUCUCUAGGUUCUCUUGAUAUUUCAUGAUAUAAAGUCAGCCUAAUAGGCCCAAACUAUAACUGAGUUAAAAUUGAAAUUACUUCAGACGAUGCAGAUUCCAUAAAACAAGACAGCUACGGCUUCGCUAUUGCAGGCGAUACAGUUUAUCAAUUUGGAGGCAACAAAACCCCAAAACCGACUAAUCGAUUAGCGAUUUUUAACUUACUCCUAAUCCUGUGAAUGAACAAAUAAUAUAUAAUAAAUUCUGGCUUUAAUCAUAAAUCACAAGCUAAUUCUAUUAAAUUUUUUAAAUAAUUUACAUUCUAUUUACAAUUUAAAUUAAAUCUUUACUCUAAAUUUUUGCGAGUCGUUUUUUUUUAUUUUUCAUUUUAAUGUAAAAAAUUUUGCUCCUGUUGAGAGUUAAAAAAAAAUUCACCUAUAUGUGCGCAAGUCAUAGCUGAAAACCUUUCCCCAUCCCCAAGAAUGCACCAUUCUUUAUUGCAAGUAGGGAAUUAUUUAUAUACUUUUGGAGGGAGAGGAGAUUAUAAUGAACUUUUAAAUGACUUGUGGGAAUUUGAGCCUGAAAAUGAUUAUUGGCAGCUUAAAGUCCCUACUGGAGAUGUCCCGUCUAAGCGACAUAGCUAUGCAGCAGCUUCAGAAGGAGAUCAUAUGCUUAUAUGAGGAGGAAUAGGCCAAGGAGGGUAUUUAAAUGAUGGGUAUUUAUAUAAUAUAAACACAAACCUAUGAAACUCAUUAACUUAUACUGGAAUUAAUCCUAGCCCAAGAUUAGGUGCAUGCAUAGGGCUACAAGGCGAAAAUGUUUACAUAUAUGGCGGCUUAACAGAUUCAGGACUCUCUGAUGAGCUUUGACUCUAUAGCAUAAAUUCAAAAACCUAUACACUCCUCGACCAUGCCAACUCGUAUGGCCCGGGGCCUAUUUUUUACCCUACUUGUAGCCUUUUCUCGUCAAGUCCUGUACUUUAUAUAAUUUAUGGAGAAUCCGAUAAUAAUAUUCCUGCAAAUAAAAUUUAUGGGUAUAAUAUAAACACAGGGAAAUGAAAAUUAUAUUAUGAUGGGUCAGAAGACACCGAACAUAGUAAAAGUAGAGCUGCUAUAUAUAAAACUCCAAAUAUCACCAUUUUUGCAGGCGGAGAGUCUCAAGGAACAUAUCCGAAUAAUGAAAUCCUUAUUUAUUCAAGCUAUUAUAAAGAAUGAGAAUCCCUUGGAUUUCUCCCUUAUACAGCUAUAGCUCCUGCGUCUAUAUAUUAUCAGGAUUAUUUUUAUAUAUAUGGAGGUGGGACUGCUGAAGAUACACUUAUAAGAUUUAGCAUUCCUAGUAAUAAAUUUAUUAGGUUAAGCUUAGCAUCAUUAUGCAGCAAUGGGACAUGCCCAUUCACGUGUAGCCCAGGGACUUAUAUGACUUCUAAUGGCUGCAAGGUAUGCACUCCAGGGUACUAUUCUGAUGAAUUUGGAUUAAAUAAUUGUUUAGCAUGCCCUAAAGGGAAAUAUAAUCCUAAUUAUGGAGGGACUACUCUUGGCAUGUGCUAUCCUUGCCAAGAAGGGCAAUUUAAUGACAAAGAAGGCCAAGAACGCUGCUUAGAUUGCCCUGGAGGUGCGACUUGCAAUAUUGGAAGUCUUAAUUAUGAGUAUAAGAUUACAGACUAUAAUGAUUCAUAUAUACAGCCGCCUAUAUAUAAAUCAAGCAUUAGUGAGACAAGCCAAAACAAUCUUAUAACAGGAAUUGUGGUCGGCACCGCAGGAUUCUUAAUUAUAGCUCGUGAACCUUUAUGGAUCGACCUUAUUUAAAAUGUAACCGCUCUAAUGGACUUCAUGUCUGCAUAUCUUAAAACAGUACCGCGUUAUUAAGAGAAAUAUUCAGAUUAAUAAUAAAUUUCUAGUUAAAUAUAGUUUUAUAUAAUCUUUUUAAAAAUAUUUUCAAUAAUAAUAUUAAGCUCGGCGAAAUAAACCAAAGCAUAUUUACAGUUAAAUGAAUCUUCUCUCUUUAUGCUUGAAAAGUGGUAAUUUUUUCGGCGAAAUGGCUUUGACCCAAAUUGAUAAUUCUAAAAAAGUUGCUUGUCAAAAAUUUUUGACGAGUGCAACUAAUUUGGAAACUAAACAAGCAAAUUUUUAGGUGGGAUUAAUAUAAAUUUUUAAUUUAAGGUAUCCUUACAAACUAACACUGAUAAGUAUCUUAUAAACUUUUUCCUAUUUUCUACAGAAUAUAUGUCAGAAGAAGCAAAGAAAAUUAAAUUUUAAUUAGAUAAUCACUAUAAAAGGUAUUCUUUUCCAAGAGACUGUAAUUAUUUUAGUUUAUUUAAAAAUUAUUAAAAUUAAAAAAAUUGCCGCGAAAUCACCACUUUUCAGGUAUGAAGACAGAAGAGCCGUUUUAAUUGUAAAAAUUGCAUUGGCUUUAUUUACAGAGCUUAAUAUUAUUGUUUGAAAAUAUUUUUUAAACUUUUAAAAAAUAUAUUAAACUAUAUUUAAACUGAUCUAAGAUAAGCAAAACGUUAAGCCCAUUAGGCGGCUACAUUUUUUAAUUAGGUCGACCCAUAAAGGUCAUGAGGUAUAUUGCUUCUUUAUCCAUUAUAAAGGAAAACAGAAAAUAUUUAUUAUUUUUUGACUUAUAUAUGAGCCUUCACAAUUAUGUUAAAAAACAAAUUAUGACUGUAAGGAAAACAAAAAUCGGCGGGGUCUAUGGGCUUGCAUUUUUAUUUAUUGCAAUAGCGAUCAUUGAAAUAGCGUUCGUAAAUUAUUUAGAAAAAAAUAUUUAUGAAACAAAAAGCCUAGUCCCCUUUGUGGUUCUUGCCCAAGACGUAAGUAAAGUAAUUUUUAUGCAGUUUGAAGGCAAUUUUGUGAUUAUCGUCACAUUUAUGAAUUAUGGAGGAAAAUGUAUUGAUUAUGAUGAAGACAAAAAUAUAAUAUGCCCUUCAUCAAUUUCUCUUACAAUUGAAGGCAUUACAGGUCGUUGAUCAGAACAAAGCUGCAGCCUCAUGAGUAACGGCGACUGUUUAAUAACAAUUAGCUGUGCUAAAUGCUCUAUUUCUACACAAGGGAAUAUAUAUUAUACAAUGGAUGACUCAACUGGGUACACAUCUGGGUUUACUGCAAAUAUAACCUCAUCUUCAUCAAUUCCUGGAAAAUUAAGCAGCUAUGAGACAACUGUGCUGCCUGAUAGCAAUUCUUUAUUUUUUGGAGGAACGACUACUAUAUAUUAUGAUAUGAUAUCAUCAGUAAUGGUAAUUUAGUAUUAUGAAGAUACCGUGAAUAAUAAUAACGAUACAGGAUAUCAUGUAGAUAUUGACAAAAUUCCGAAUAAAGGGCUACAAUAUCAAUCUUUUGAGUAAAAAAUAUGCAGGUUGGGGUAUGCUUUUAUUAAUUAUUUAAAGCUGCAGCUUGAUGUUGAUGGGAAUGGAUUAACAACGAAGAAGUGGGCUACACAGACUUUUACUGUACUUAUUUCUGCACUUCUAGGGUCUGUUUUUGCUGUUUUGGGAAUAGUGGGAGGUGCAAUGAGGCAGACAGAAAGCAGUAGAAUUAAAAUAAAGAAAAUAAUGGAUCAUACAAAGCUUGUUAAAGAAACUAAAAAAAAUGCAAAUAAUAUUUUUACAGGUUAUGGGAGGUGACAAAAGCAUGGAUAUGAUGGGAAUGAAUCUUCUGAAGAGUUUGAUGAGUUUGAGGAUAGAAAAUAA